AUGAAGGAAGGAGGUGGUAGAAAGCAGGGUGCAGCCUCACCCUGUGCUGCAUGCAAGCUUCUAAGAAGAAGGUGUGCUCAGGAUUGUGUUUUUGCUCCAUAUUUUCCAGCAGAUGAACCCCAAAAGUUUGCAAAUGUUCACAAGGUCUUUGGUGCUAGCAAUGUCAACAAGAUGCUUCAGGAUCUACCAAUGCAUCAACGAGGGGAUGCAGUGAGUAGCAUGGUGUAUGAAGCGAAUGCCAGAGUGAGAGACCCUGUUUAUGGGUGUGUUGGGGCAAUCUCUUCUCUUCAGCAACAAAUUGAUGUGCUACAGACCCAAUUGGCCCUGGCCCAGGCUGAGGUAGCCCACCUUAGGGUGAGACAAAAUAGGUGUUUUUUCAAUCAUGGGCCUACGCCCACCAGCCCAACCAAUAGUGGGUUUCCAUCAUCCAAGACCUUGGACUCACAUUCCAAGCCUAUUUUUGACAUGGAUAUGGUGGUGGACCAGGGCAGCUAUGAUGUGGUGGUGCCGACGGUGGGCAGCCACCGUGGGGAUGGAGGAGCUGUGGUGGAGGCCGUUCGCCCGCUUGAUUAA